CUAAGUUUUAUCAUGCGCGCGUUGUUAAAUUUGCAAGGGUCGGUUUUUGCGAUUUUUGGUGGUUUUUGGGGCUGGCGGAUGAGUGGUGAAUCACGUUAUCCUGAGCGCUUACUCAGCCGCGUUAUCUUUUCUCUGUACAGUGGAAUAGAAGACGUACGCCCGAUUAAACGAUCCAGGCUCCCUCCCUCCGAAGCCAAUCAAUCAAUCAUCUCCACACAAUCUCGUCCUUGACCAGCUCAUUCUGCUCUUUUACCUUCGCCGAUAAGGCAAUGAGGGUCCUAGCGUAUCUUCUUACGUCGUCGGGCAUAUUGCCACAAGAUGAGGGAACUACACGGAUUUUGUUCGGCACCUGGGUGACGAAUGACGACGAUGAGGCUCAUCUGCAGGUCUUUGUUAGAAUCAUAUCUAAACUAGAGAAAGUAUCGCUUAAUACCUUACGUACAGCCCUUCCUUUUAAGUGGAACGAAAAUGAACCCUAUGAUACGGUAAAUCCCUUCGGAGAUAUUCGAGGUAUUGAUUUCCACGCACUCUGGACCUUCAAUUUAGAUGAUGGUAUACUCCUUCAAACAAAUCGUUAUCAUCGACGCCGAAUACCUCUUUCGUGUCUCCGAAAUGGCCUUAUAACCCUCGCUAGUAUGGAAUAUCUUGGCCCGCCUGUUCCUCUACGUUCGAAUCCGACGCAUAGUCUGACAACACCUUGCUGGAGACCACAGGUGCUGAUCGACAAAAGGACUCGCGAAUUUACACAUCGAAUCUUACGCGAUUUUGACCGACAGUGGAGGCAUAUUCUUAGAAAUAGCUAUAAUGCUAUUACUCUACGGGUACUUGCACGGGCUCUCCUCUUGCUUUCAAAGCUUGACUUUGACAUCUAUGAAGAGACGAAGCAGCGACAUGGUCGAAGAGGCAGCCAUGUCUGGAUUACACAACUACCGACAUGGAGACCGUUGGAAGCUGGUAUUGUCUGCUUUGGUAAAGUCCACGCCGUGGUAUGUCACUCGAUCCAGGAAGGGAUAUCAAUAGUCCAAAAGCACGCAACAUCUCUGGAAUCUAUAGCCACCAACCCGUACAUGAUCCUGUCUAUUAAGCAUAUUAUGUUAUGCCGCGCUACUAGUCCGAACGUAUUCGAGUAUACUGCACCGGAGCGGCUGUUCAAUGGCAAUCCUGAUACCGAGCCUCCGUCCACUCUAGCGCUGGAUUACCUUAUCUGGGCUGUAACGCCGUCCGUUCGCCCUAAUAGUACCCGCCUUCACUUACUACCUAUAGAGAUUCAGGAUAAUAUUCUGAAAUAUGUGUCUGCAGGGUCAGUAGCUGCUGCAAAAAUCGGGUGUUUGCUUGGCGUAGGGUCUGUAUUUCAGUGGAAAGAUGGCGUCUUGAAUAUUUCGUUAGAGGAAACGUGGACGAACCGCACCCCUUGGUCCCCCGUCGAGUCUCAACUCUGGUUUUCUAAGAGUGAGAUUGGUUUAGUGUACAGAGGGAGGAGCUAG